CCAACGUCAAUGCUUCUUCAUCUCUAGCCAGCGUCGUCGGCUGACCUCCUACCGUCGUCAUGGCUUCUCUUCACCCGUUGAUCGCUGCUGCGCUCGUAGUCGCGGCGGCCUCCACGGCAGCGGCGGCGGCGAGCUGGGCGGCACCGUCGUCGCCAGCACGCCCUCUGUUCCGCGAGUACAUCGGCGCGGAGGGCAAGAACGUGACGUUCGCGGACGUGCCGGUGCACCCGGGCGUGGACUUCCACUUCAUCCUCUCCUUCGCCAUCGACUACGCCGCGAACGCCACCAACGCCUCCGCGCCGCCGGUGCCCACGGACGGCCGCUUCGCCGUGUUCUGGGACGAGGCGAACCUCACCCCGGCCGCCGUGGCCGCCCUCAAGUGCCCCUCCUCCCGCGCCCGCGUCGCGCUCAGCCUCGGCGGCGACACCGUGUUCGGCGCCAACGCCACGUUCCGCGCGUCCUCCGUCGACGCCUGGGUCGGCAACGCCGUGGCGUCGCUCGCGGCCAUCCUCACCCGCUACGGCCUCGACGGGGUGGACGUGGACUACGAGCACUUCGGGGAGCGCGAGACGCCCGAGGUGUUCGCCGAGUGCGUCGGCCGCCUCGUGCGCGCGCUCCGGGCCCGCGGCGUCAUCUCCUUCGCCUCCAUCGCGCCCUUCGCCAACCCGGACGUGCAGGCGCACUACGCCGAGCUCUGGCGACGCUACGGCCGCGACUUCGACUACGUCAACUUCCAGUUCUACGCGUACCCGUCCAACACCACGGUGCCGGAGUUCCUGGCCCACUACGACGAGCAGAGCGCCCGGUACGCCGGCGCCGGCGGAGGGGGGAAGGUGCUCGUCAGCUUCGGGACGGACCCCGCCAGCGGCGGCCUGCGCCCCGGGAAGGGCUUCUUCAGGGCGUGCCGGGAGCUGCGCCGCCAGGGGAGGCUGCAUGGAAUCUUCGUCUGGGCCGCGGAUAACUCCGCCGCCGACGGGUUUCGCGACGAGCGCCUCGCGCAGACGUUCCUCGCCGGCAACGCCCCGGGUUUCCCCUGACGCAUGCAUGCGUUAAGCUCCCCGUGUCUCCGUUCCAUAUUUCCGUUCCUUGUGUACGUCUUGUUAUGUUUUGUCGCGUCCAUAUGAUUUUUAAUUGGUCCAGUUCAUUGAUUAUUUGCGUGCAUCCAAA